AUGGGCAGCUGGGACUUAGUCAUCAACCUGAGUGGCUCGGACCUGGCUCUCCGAGACGUGGACGACAUGGCGGCCGCCUUGGCACCGUACAGAGGCAAGAAUUUCAUCCAUGUCAACCACCAAUGGAAGGACAGACAUAGAUCCGUAUGGCACAGCUGCGGUGGGCAUGUGUAUAACGUGACGAGACGAGGUGAGGCUCCGGCCGUGGCGGACAUCUAUUCGGCGUCCCAGUGGGCUGUUUUGAGCAGGCACACGCUGAUCCCGGAGCACCUGCACCGCAUCGCGCCGUUCCUGGAUAAAGACCAGCUGGGGUUCUGUCGGCACGCAGACGAGACGGACAUGUGUGGCAAGGGCCCGCGGACCUUCCAUCAGAAAGACGUCCCGUCCCUGCUGCGCGCCUCGCGGAGGUUCAUGUUUGCCAGGAAGUUUGACGGACGGCCUGAGGAUCCUACAAGACGCGCAGUCUCACGGUGGCAGAGACGGGACUUUUACCUGAACUUGCAACAGCACGGUGGUGUUUCAGACGCACUGUUGAGCCACUGGGAGACCAACAGACACACUGUCUUACCUAAACUAGAAGAGGCAGGAGCAGCCAUGGUGCACCUCAGACUGCUUGCAAAGGCAACAAGAGAAGAAACAGAAACUGGAACCUGCACGCUAAACCGAGCGCACAAAGGAAAUAAUGGUACGGAGACCACGUUUGCCCGGUUUGACAAGUUGCAAGGGAACAAAAACACUAUUCUCCACUUCUCCAUCCGGGUGAUGAAUCCACGUGGUGAAGAACACUGUCGCAAACUGACAGCAUUCUUGUGGAACCCGCCCAAGGCUCGGCACAACAUAGCGCUGUCUGUUGCACAUCCUUACCAGUAUGAGACAACCUUGCACAUGAUUAGUAACACCACCCUGAACCAGACUGGGGACACUUUCAGUGACACCUGGCAGGUUGAAGAUGUCAUGGAAAUCACAGAUCACAUCAACUCAACAAACAGUAAGAACCAGCCAUUAUCACAGCCAGUUCCAGUGAGAAAGUCCCGUCGUAUGUGGUCAUCUGUUCGACUGAGAACUGUACACAGCACAGACCAACUCUUAGCAGCAGGGAGUGUUGCAGCUAUCAUCAUGGUUCUUUUUGUCUUGAUGAUGACAUAUCAACACAGGAGGAAGAAGAGGUACAAGAAGCUGUUUAAUGUGGCAAGAAUUCUUCUGAUCCUCCUCCUCAUCACUCUGGUACUGAGGAACAUCAGCAGCAGUACAACUACUCUGUAACACUGGUACUGAGGAACAUCAGCAGCAGUACAACUACUCUGUAACACUGGUACUGAGGAACAUCAGCAGCAGUACAACUACUCUGUAACACUGGUACUGAGGAAC